AUGAAGAGCCUUGCGGCUCGCCGGAGCCCAACGAACGUCAUUACCCGAGCAAACCGAAUCUUCAUGGCUCUGCUGCUACUGCUAAGGUCCACCCUCGCAGGCUCCACCAGCGAUCGAGUGACACAAACCGAUUCCGAUCUGGCAAGCUGGUACUUGCGGGAUAUAAAAUCCACGACAUAUCAUCUGAUUCAACUCUUCAACCCCUUUGUCUUUAGUCAAGGCCGGUGGACAUUGAGCUUUGUGGGCAUGAUCAAGUUGACUGCACUCUGUGGAAUUGCAUCUGUGCUCUGGAUAUGGAACAAGCCAUCUGGGAAAGGAAAGGCUGUCGACCCUCAACAUACAUCUGAUACGGCGGCUGAUGAUGCCGCCACUACAGAUCCGGGACUAUUGAAGAAGUACUCCUCCUUCCGGUCAUAUACCGUCCCAUUAACUGGUUUCACCUACCCCAGACUUCGCACGUUCUUUAGGCCACACCACCAGCAAGAUAAGCUUCCCAAAGUUCCAAGCCCAAUUCCACUUCUAGUCUUUAUACAUGGUCUGGGAGGAUCCAUCGCUCAGUUCAGCCCCAUUCUCAUCAGUCUUUCCAACCUCGCACCAUGUUUGGCUAUUGAUUUACCCGGGUGUGGCGUGUCGAGUUUUGAGCCAAAGGCAUGGGAAGCCUAUACUACAGAAGCUCUGGUGCAGCUCUUAGCUGUUGUUAUCGAAGCACAUCGUGCAGCCGAUGAAGGACAGACAGUCGUCUUGGUUGGUCACAGCAUGGGCUGCUCACUGGCCGCACUUCUUGCUUCCCCAUCAUCCCCACAGGCGCAUCUCUUGUCAAAGCACGUCAGCGGGUUGAUUGCCAUCUGUCCCAAAGCCGAGCCUCCUUCGAUGGAGGAAGCGAAAACACUACGCUCUGUUUCAUCAGCACCUGCUGCGCUAUUCGACCUUUUGCGGCGCUGGGAUCGACGAGGCGGUAUCAAUAGCAAGAGUGUCCUACGCAUGGCAGGCGCGGAUGCUGAUGAUGAGACCAAGAAGAUGCAACUUCGGUUCAAUCAACAGAGCCGAAGUGCAGUAUGGUUGAGGAUGGCACGAGGCAUGUGUCCCGACUAUUCCAGCGGCUCACCCAAGGGGGGGCUACCCAGAAAAGACGUAUGGAGCUGCCUGGACAUCCCCGUGUUCUUGGCUGCCGGUGAGACCGACUCGGUCACGCCUCCCUCCAACGUCAAACAGAUCGUCGAAUUUCUCGGACGAGACGUAUCCGCCAUUCAGCCACCCAGCGAGAAAGCCAGUCUCCCUAUCGCUGCAGCGCCCUUCGUCCCCUCUACUAUCAUGCCAGAACAACAGCCAGAGGAGCACCAAGACUCCAGUAUAGACACUGAAGAUCUACCGAAAUCCGAUGAUGACACCAAAACCACCACUUCAACCUCCGUAUUCUCUGUCGACUCAAGCACCGCAUCAACAGACGCAGCAACCUCAUCAGAGGGCAGCAUAACCACCGCCGACGGCCCGCUCAGCUCCCCCACCGCCUCCACAUCCUCCUCCUCCACAAUCCUCCAUCUUCAUCCCCGCCGGCUCGUCGUAAAAACGACCAUAGGCCGAAGCCAAAAGCCAAAGCUGAUAGCGAAUAUAGAUAGCUAA